AUUCAUUUUGUAGUCGUUAAUUUAUCGGACUCGCAGAGCAGCUCGAGAAAGGGCGCAACGCUUUCCUUUUUCUCCUUGGAUUUUAAUCGAAAUUGAAUUCACCCUUUUCGUUACUUGUUGUCUCUCCCACAAACAGUGGAGUGACAUGGCGGAUGCUUACUGGAGGUACACCAGCGGUGGGCAGCAGGCGGCGGCUCUUCCUCCUCAACUCGUCGCAAAACGUCCUCGCACCGAAUAUGAUGUUCCAAGUGGUCCUGAGUUUCCUGGCUAUUAUGGCCGUGAUGAUGAAAGGGGAAUGCCUCGUGUCAUUAGAGACACAGAUCCUAUAGAAGCAUCCUAUGAGCGCUACCUCCGUAGUGGGCAAAUUUCCUCCCAUGUUGCCAGUGAGUCUGCAAGAUCCAUAAAUAGUGGAAUUAGUGGCCAUCCUAUUGAAGAUCCACGUGUUAUGGGGAUUGGGGGACCCGACCCGCUGGCUUUAAAAAGCAGAAAUGUUGGAAUGGUAGGUGGCAGACCAGAAAUUUCCCUUCCUCCGGAUGCUAGCAGUACAUUGUUUGUAGAGGGUUUGCCUGCGGAUUGUACAAGAAGAGAGGUGUCACAUAUAUUUCGCCCUUUUGUAGGUUACAAAGAAGUAAGGCUGGUACCAAAAGGAUCGCGACAUCUCGGAGGCGAUCCUUUGAUUCUUUGCUUUGUUGAUUUCGUGACUCCACUUCAUGCAGCUGCUGCAAUGGAUGCCUUGCAAGAGCUCUUGAUAAAAACUUCUCCAUGUAUUCUUUAGAGCUGACAUGGGUACCUCAUACUGAGUGCUGGUUGUAGAGAAUCCUCAUUUUUCAUCAGAUAAACAAAAUGCUAAAUACUGUGAAUAUUCUAAAAAUUUUAAGGUGGAGCAGAGUUGGAGAGUUUGUAGCUCUGUAAAUUACCGUACCUCUUAAUUACCUUAUGGUGCUGUUUCUGGACAAAGGCCUAGUGCUUAUGGAUUAGUGUAUAAACAGUGUCAGCGCUUCACCAAUUGUCAACUUUGGUGGAAGAAUGCAACUUUAACUAUCAUUUUCUAAUAUUACGAAGUCUAACAGCUAACUGAUAAAAGGUAAAGAAAGAUCAUGAUUCCGUGCUGAAGGAUCUGACAUAAUAUUGGGUGGCGGAUAUGUGUUCCAUUUGAUGUAUGGCCUUGCUCUUCUGCUCUAGGCUUUUUCUCCUUUUUCAAUUGCUGUUUCUUUUUCUUUUUCCUUUUUCUUGCACUGCUCUUUUGGCGUUCCUGAGGAUUCAUAUGGUGGGUCACAACUAUUUUGGGGUUGAGUUAAUUGAUUGAUUGUUUGCUCUUUUGGCAUUCCCUUUAGGCACCAUUGAUUAUGCAUAGCUUGUCAUUGUAAGGCCUUUUGGUUUGUUACAGACCCAAUUUCUGGCUUGUCAACUAUUCUUUAAUUUUGCCAAAAGUCAAAAGAGGUAAUGGUGCUAUAGAAUUCUAAUUAAGAUGAGUUAUUGUGCAGUGGGUUGUAAUUUAGUUAUUGGCUUGUGGAAUUAUCCUCCAAACCAGUUGCCAUGAAAUCAAUAAAUUUCUGGAACUGA